AUGAAACGGUUUGGAGUAUCGGCAUUUGAUGCUACGAAAGAUACUUAUGAUUCAACUAUUUUACAAAGACAAUCAAAAGAAUAUGAACAACAAUUAAAAUUAUUUCAAGAUAAGUUAAUCCAAUUCGCUAAACAACACAAUGAAGAACUAGGACUAAAUCAUGAAUUUAAAUCAAAAUUUAUGAAAAUGUGUAAUUCCAUUGGUAUUGACCCUUUAAAUUUAUUUGAUAAAGAUCGUCAUCUGUUUAGCGUAGAUGAUUAUUAUUACGAAAUUUGUGUGAAAUUAAUUCAAAUCUGUAGAGAUAUUAAAGAUAUUAAUGGUGGGAUUGUAUCCUUAGACGAAUUACAAAAAAUUUAUUUUGCUCAAUCAAAUGUCACUAUAGAAGAUAUUGAAAAAUCAGUUCAAAUGUUAUCAAAUUUAGAUGGAGGUUUUGAAAUUUUUCAAAUUAGAGAUCAUUUGAAAUUCUUAAGAAGUGUUCCGAAUGAAUUGACUUCGGAUCAAGCGAAGGUCUUAGAAGUAUGUUCGGUCAUGGGAUAUGCUAGCAUUAAUCUAUUACAUAUAAAUUUAAAUUGGGAGCGCGUGAGAUGUAAAGCAACUUUGGAUGAAAUGAUAGCUAAUGGUUUAUUAUGGAUGGAUAAUCAAUGUGGUGGGAAAGAAAUCUUAUAUUGGGAUCCAUCUUGGAUUACAAGAUCGAUAGAUAUUCAAACGUGA